AUGAAGGUGGAUAUAGAAGUGGUAGAAAGUGUGAAUGAGAAAUACGUAGUAUCAAGCCAUAAAUCAGAUCGAUUAGCACGAGCAAGAAAUAAACCAUCAUUUGGCUACACAAAGAUUCUAACCGCAGAUCGAGAUUCCUCGCAAUGUGAGGACGAGUAUGGUUAUGAAUAUUCACAACCAAGUAGUUCAUCACACCGAUGUCAAAGUGUUGGGCCGUCGAAUCUUUAUGCUCUUGAUCAAAUGACUUCGUCUGGUCUAAAAUCCAAUUGUUAUUAUAGGCAGCAUAGGUCAGUCGACGGCAUGGACCUGCUUAUGGAUCGUGAAGAAAAAAACUGGUCUGGAUUUCCAUCAUCUGAAGUCCCUGUGCCGAACGAACUUGCAAAAAAUCAGUUUUCAGGUCCAGGGUCAUACCCAAACUCUUCCGCUGAAAUGCCAUUUUGGAAACAUCCGUCGAAGUACCAUUAUCUAAUUAUUUUUUUAAGAAUUUAUUUGUUUUUAAGGGUAGAAGGACGCUUCAACAGAAUGUUUCAACCUGCAGAAGCUUGUCUGUUGAAUAUUUUUAGUCUUGAAGUUGGUGGAGGAGACGGACGAAUUAACGAUGCACGCUAUAGAAACGAACUAGAAUCAUUAAAAACUGAUUAUGACCUUGCCGUUCAAAAGCUCAAUGAGUUUAUGUAUACAAUAAAGACUUUUUGGAGUCCCGAAGUUAAAAGGCUCAGGGAACAGAGAAAGCUCGAUAAAAUGCAAAUUGCUAUGCUGCAAGAGAAGCUUUCUCAACAGCAUGUGAGCAAUAACUGCCGUUAUGACGACCCGAUGAGGAGGUUGGAACACGGAGCAUCAACGUCAUUAAAUGCAGAUUCCUCCGGUCGUCAGCUGCAAGAAUUGGAGUACCGCUGUCAUCAGUUAGAUUCGCUUGUUGCCCAUCGGGAUCAACAGUUACACAGAAUGGAAGAGCAGCUAGCUGAAUUAGCUUUCUCCUCUUCUCAAAGGGAUGCAGCCAAGGACCGCCGGAUAGAAGAACUACUGGAAGAAGUGAGGACUUAUAAAAUGAAUGCUCAAGAAUUAGAUGCUCCUCGGGAUUACACUGAUAAGUCAAUUAGUACCCAUGAAUUACAUACUCUCAGAAUGAAAAUGGAACGAAGUGAAGUUGAACUAGCUCAGAAGACUUCAGAACUUUCUGCUGUUCAAACGCGUCUACAAUCGGCUGGUGAAGAAAAUGUAGAACUACAGAAACAUUUGCGGGUUUUACGAGAUUCUGUUACAGCCAAAGAACAACAGACCGUUUUGCUGCAAAGCGACAUUGAAGCGCUUCGUACCAAACUGGAGAAUAAAAAUGAGCAGAUAGAACAAAAAGAAAAAAAAUGUGAACGACUUGAAGCCGAGCUUUCUUUGUCUAAGAGUCAAGCAGCGGAUUUGCGAGAGUUUAACAAGGGUGCAGAACAAAGAAUGAAUCAUCUAAUUGCAAGGUUGGAUGCAAUGGAAGCAAUGUUGAAGGAGAAGGAAGUUGAGUUGGACAAGAUCAAGCAGAAACUUCUAGCUCAACCAGAUAUGCAAGCGGAAAGAAAGUUGCAAAUGCAGUUGGAUGAAUCAAAUAGAGAUGCUGCAAGACUGCGAUCCGUAAUUGAUGAUCUUCGCCGCAAUGCUGAAAAAGAAAAAGCUGAACAGCUUGAGACUUUCCAAAAAGAGCAUCGUCAGCUGACGACUACUAUAGAAAGUUUGCAAAAAGAGUUAUCUGAUAGACAGAUACUACUGGAGUCGCAAAAUGAAAAAAUUGGUGAUUUAGAUAAGGAAUUAUGCGAUGUUGCUAAACAGAAAAAAGAACCUGGUCCCAUGAAGACACAAGAUGAGCAGUUGGCAGAGGCGCGAAAAGAAAUAGACUCGUUGCUACGAAUGGUACAAAAUCUUGAAAAAGAGAAAGCUAGUUUAAUUUCUAAAAACAAACAGUUGCAAAGUACUGUUGACGAUGAACACAGGUUAGCCUCAAGCGUUAGUGUAGCAGAACUUCCUAAAGACGACCGAUCGUUAAAGAACAGAAUUGAGGAACUAGAAGAGGCACUUAGAGAAUCGGUUAGUAUUACGGCGGAGAGAGAGCUACAUGUAGCCCAACAGAAGCAAAUGAACCAACAGCUUUCGUUACAAGUCAGCUAUUGCUUACUAGCAGCCACUUGUUUACAGUUCAAAAGUUUCUAUAGCGGUAUCAAUCUAGCAUUUGACGUUAACCUAUCUGAAAGCCGUCGAGAGGUGUGUGAACUUCAUAAAAGGCUGAAAGAAGCAACUAAUAUUGAUCAGAGUGAGAUGUUACAACAGUGGGAAGCGGAACGAAUGAAACAACUUGAACAACUUCUGCAGCUCAAGCAUGAGGCACUUGUAGCAGCAAUCGCUGAGAAAGACGCUCAUAUCGCUCUUUUGGAACAGUCGCAUGAAAGACCGAAGGAUGAAAUAGAAACUUUACGACAACAUAAGGAAAAGUUGAUGCAGAAGCUAAAUGAAGAAAACGAAAGGCGUGCACAACUACUGAACUCCUUUAAUAUGAAAUAUGGAGCAAAUAUGGAUCAGCAGUCUCCUGCUGUGGGUGCAUUCCCAUCAAUUUCACCACAGAUUGCGAGCUUAGAUUUGAUUGGUUCCAGAAUUGACCAGGAUGAUGACGCGGAAGGGAUUUGGGCUUGA